AUGUCUCUUUAUUCUAACCGUCUGCAGAUAAAGGAGGAGAAGAAGCCGGCACCUGCCACUCAGCCUCCUCCUCCGCUGUCGGCGGUACCCGGCGGGUUCCUGAAGCAGCUGGUGAGAGAGACUGAGAAGGAGACCCGUCACAGAGAGCUGGAGCUGAAGGAGGAGAAGGCGCCCAGUAAGCUGAGUGAGAACCUGGUGCAGCAGUUCCUCCUGCCGGACGAGACUCCGCCCAUCCUGGAGGCGGAGAUGACCCUCAGGGCGGAGCAGCAGGUGAACGGAGAGCGGGACCGUCCCGCUGUGUCCCCCCGCAGGAUCCUCACCCCCAACCCAAAGCCCCAGAGACAGGAGUCCAGCGGCAGCUCAGACCCGGCACGGUCUCCGGAGACACCGACGGGGACAGAGAGGCAGGGAGGGAGGCAGGAGACACAGCCGGCAGAGAAACAGAGGCAGGAGGAGGAGCUGAGAACCACGAGACCACAAUCAGAACCACAGACCCCUGAGAAACCUGAACCUGAGACACCAAAAAAACCUGUGAGGGAUGUAUGGUAUGAAGCUGGCUCUGUGUGGUACAGUCAUAAAAACGGAUUUUCUCUCGCCACUCAGCUGAAGCCGGACGACGGAACCCCCGAGCUUCCUGACGGGACGGUGAGGGUCCGACUACACACUGACGGUUCUGUUCAUGAUGUUACGCAGUUCGAGAUUGAGAAGCUGAAUCCGUCAGAACUGGACCUGAGUGAGGACCUCAGUAAUCUGGUGAGCGUGAACGAGUCCAGCGUCCUGCACGUCCUGACGUCCCGCGCUAGGGCCCACUCGCCCUUCACCCACGCCGGGCCCAACCUGCUCGCUCUCUGGCCUCCUUUAGCCACGCCCACUAAGGGUCUGCGCUCCCGGCGCUGGGAUACCUGGGAAGCCCCGCCCCCCCUGCAGGCUCAGGUGCGCAGGGUGUAUUUGUCGAUGGUGGGACAGAGGAAGGACCAGUGUGUGGUGGCUUUGGGCCGCAGUGGAACGGGGAAAACCACUUCCUGUCAGGCGUUCGCUCAGGAACUUCUUAAACAAGCGGGAACAGCCGGGAACAGCCUGACCCUGGAGCGAUUACAGGCAGUGUUUACAGUGUUGCGUUCGUUCGGGUGUGUAAGCUCCGCCCACAGUGAGGCCUCGUCCCGAUUCGCUAUGGUUCUUUCUCUGGAUUUCAACCAUAAAGGUCUCGCCGCCGCAGGACACCUACAGACGAUGCUGUUGGAGAGGUGGAGGGUGUGCAGGAGGCCGGAGGGGGAGAGCAGUUUCCUGGUCUUUUCUCAGAUGCUGGCGGGUCUGAAUACGGAGAUGAGGACGGAGCUUCAGCUGCAUCAGCUGCCCGAGAGCAACUCGUUUGGCAUCACUUGCCCCACAAAGGUGGAUGAGAAGCAGAGAGCUCUGGUGGAGUUCGGGAGGUUGUUGGUGGCGAUGAACGCUCUGGGGUUCUCAGCUGAUGAGCAGCGGGCGAUCUGGCACGUCCUGGCUGGGAUUUAUCACCUGGGUGUAGCCGGAGUCUGUAAAGUGGGCCGGAAGCAGUUUAUGAGUUUUGAGAGUGCGCAGGAAGCCAGCAGGAUUCUGGGAUGCGAGGGGGAGGAGUUUCACACCGCCGUGUUCAAACAUCACCUGCGGCAGCUCCUGCAGAGAGCCACCGGCGGCGCUAGAGAGCGGCACAACACCGAAGAACAGGAGGAGGGUCCUAAGCUGAGUGCGGCUCAGUGUGUGGAGGGGAUGGCUGCUGGACUUUAUGAGGAACUCUUUACUGCUGUUGUAUCUCUGAUUAACAGGGCUCUGAGUUCUCAGCAGCUGACUCUGGGCUCGGUGAUGGUGGUGGACGCUCCGGGUCUGCGGAACCCGAGACACAGCGGGGAGGACCGGGCCGCCGGGUUCUCAGAACUCUGCCAUAAUUACCUGCAGGAGCGUCUGCUGGAGCACUGCUUCACACACACCUUCACCAGCACCAAACACAGAUACACACAGGAGCGUGUACAGGUGGAUUUUGAGAGUCCGGAGAUCAGUCCGAGAGAGGUGGUGAGCGCUAUAGACCAGCCCGGACUUCAGGUGCGAGGUCCUGAGGGAGAUUCUCGGGGGCUGUUAUGGGUGUUAGAUGAAGAUAUGUCGACUCCGGGUUUAACAGAGAGCGCACCUCUCGAGAGGAUAUGCGGGUAUUUCAGUGAGACAGUGCGUCAGUGUGAGCAGCCUCUGCAGUGUGAGAUCGCUCAUCUGAUGGGUUCUGAUCCGGUUCGAUAUGAUCUCUCCGGCUGGUUUUCUCUGGUCCAAAACAAUCCAUCUGCCCUCAACGCCAUCUCCAUCCUGCAGAACUCCACCGUCGGGGUGGUGAAGGCGGUGUUCGGGCCACGGGGUUCGGUCCCCCCCCUCUGUCGGGGUCUGGGGGGUGUUGAGGGGGGGUCUCAGCGUUCUCUGGAGCGCAGCGGGACGGUGAGGAAGACCCUCAGUGGGGGAAUGGCGGCUCUCAGGAGACACUCGCACUGCAUCGCUGUUAAACUACAGGCGGACGCUCUGGUGAAUCUGAUUCGUCGAGCUCAGCCCGUGUUCCUGCAGUGUAUCAGCGCCAGGACAGAUGGAGGCGGCUUUGAUGUUCCAGCGCUGAGAAUCCAACUGCACUCCACCCACCUGUUACCUGCCCUGCAGCUGUACCGCACAGGCUACCCGGAGCACAUGUCUCUGAGUGAUUUCCGCUGCCGCUACCAGGCCCUGUCUCCUCCGGUGAUGAAGAGAUACGGCUCUGUGUUCAUCACGCCGGACGAGAGGAAGGCGGUGGAGGAGUUACUGAUGGAGCUGGAUCUGGAUAAGAAGAGCAUCGUUUUGGGAGUGAGCAGGGUGUUUAUGAAGUGUGGAGUGCUGAAGUCUCUGGAUGUGCAGAGGGAGGGGCUGGUCAGUAGUUGGCUGGUUCAGAUGCAGGCCUCGUGUUUGGGGCACCUGGCCCGUCAGAGGUAUCGCCGCAUGAAGGUGCAGCAGAUGGCGGUGAGCUGUAUUCAGAGGAACGUUCGCGCUCUCGCCGCCGUGUCUCGCUGGAACUGGUGGAAGCUGCUGUGUAAAGUACGUCCUCUACUGGACGUCAACAAGGACGACCACAGGCUGCGAGCCAAGGAGGAUGAGAUCACGGCCCUCAGGAGACGACUGGAGAAGUCUGAGAAAGAGAGGAAUGAACUGAGACAGACUGCAGACAACCUGGAGACCAAGGUAACGGCUGUGGUGUCUGAGCUGAGUGAUGAGCGGUUUCGUGGCGAGGCGAUGAGCCAGGCUUUAGACACCGAGAGAUCAGAGAGACUUCGGUUAACCAAGGAGAACAAAGAGCUACAGGCGAGGCUGGAUCAGGGUAAAGUCAUGCUGGAGGCUUUAGAGAAGCAGCUGGAGGAGGAGAAACAGAGAGUUAAGAGUAAAGAGGCUUUAGGGGGCGUGGCCACAGUGCUGGUGUGUUCAGAGAGUGAGCUGCAGCUGCAGUUGGAGUGCGCGCAGACGGAGGUGGAGUUUCUGAGGCGGCGUCUCCGUCAGACUGAGGAGAGACUGGAGGCGGAGAAAGAGACUCGAGAACUUCUGGACACCAAGGUUCUGGAUCUUCAGGCGCAGUUGGAUCAGUCGAAGCGUUCGGGGGCGGAGCUAAAGCGUCAGUGUCGGCGCGUGACCUCUGACCUGCAGGACGCCCGCGUGCUGAUCGACAGUCUGCAGGCCCGAGCGCACGAGCUCGACCGGAAACAGCGCAGGUUUGACAGUGAGCUGACCCGAGCUCUGGAGGAGGCUGAAAGUGAGCGUGAGCAGAAGGACAGGGCGGUUCAGGAGAGCACGGCUCUGGGGGGCGAGAUCUUCUCUCUGCGUCGGGUCCUGAAGGAGAGUCAGGUGGAGGUGAAUCACCUGCAGCAGCAGAAGGAGGAGUUGUGCGCUCAGAUCCGGGAUCUAAGUGUUCCUCUGAACCUGAGUUCUGAUUCGGUACCGGAACUGAAGAAGCAGCUGAGGGAACUGGACACCAAGGAGAAGGAGAUCAACCAGGAGAUCACCAGGAUGAGCGCUAAGAUCCAGCAGCAGGAGCAGAUCCAUCUGCGGUUGGAGAUGGAGAUGGAGAGAAUGAAGCAGAUCCAUCAGAAAGAGCUGGAGGACAAAGACGAGGAGCUGGAGGACGUGCAGAAGUCUUCACAGAGACGGCUGAGGCAGUUGGAGAUGCAGCUGGAGCAGGAGUAUGAGGAGAAGCAGAUGGUGGUACAUGAGAAGCAUGAUUUGGAGGGAUUGAUCGCCACUCUGUGUGAACAGGUGGGUCACAGGGAUUUUGAUGUGGAGAAGCGUCUGCGUCGGGAUCUGAAGAGAACUCACGCUCUGCUCAGUGAUGCUCAGCUGCUGAUCUCCUCUCUGGAUGAGGCUGGGCAGUGCCAGGCUCCGGGCACCAAGGAGCAGCUGGAGAAACUCCACUGCCAGCUGGAGGAGAGCGAGGCUCGGCGUCUGGAGGCUGAAAGUGUUCAGAAGACUCUGGCGAUGGAGCUGGAGAACGCUCAGAUGGAGCUGGAGAGCAUCUGCAAACACAAGAGUCUGGUGGACGAGCAGCUCGCGCAGCUGCAGUACGAGAAGACUGACCUGCUGAAGAGGCUGGAGGAGGACCAGGAGGACCUGAAUGAGAUCAUGCAGAAACACAAAGCCCUUAUAGCUCAGUCCUCCAGUGACAUCACUCAGAUCCGGGAGCUCCAGGCCGAGCUGGAGGAGGUGAAGAAAGAGCGGCACAGUCUGCAGGAACAGCUCCAGACGAGUGUGGCGCGAGUGCAGUUCCUGGAGUCGUCCACGGUGGCGCGAAGCAUCGUGAGCAAGCAGGAGGCGCGAGUCUGUGACCUGGAGAACAAGCUGGAGUUCCAGAGAGGACAAGUCAAGAGGUUCGAGGUGUUAGUGCUGCGUCUGAGGGACAGUGUGGUGAGGUUGGGGGAGGAGCUUGAGCAGGCGGCUCAGGCCGAGGCUCGAGAGCGGGAGAACGCUCGGUACUUCCAGCAGAGACUCGCCGACAUGAAGCUGGAGCUGGAGGACCUGAGCCUCAGAGAGCAGGAGGGCAGCCGCCGCCGCAUGGAGCUGGAAAUGCAGGUGGAGGAGCUGAGUGCAGUGAGACAGACUCUACAGGCUGAUCUGGAGACGUCAAUCCGGCGUAUCGCUGAUCUACAGGCCGCUCUGGAGGAGGUGGAGUCCAGCGAUGAAAGCGACACUGAGAGCGUCCAAACCGCCGUGGAGUCCUUCACUAGAAAGAGAGACGUGGACAGCCUCUCCGUGGGGUCCAGCGUCGGCACGGAGGACGUGGGCGAGGGCAUUCGGCGCGGGCGUCGCGGGGGAAGAGGCUCUCCGUACGGUGGAAGCAGCACCGGCCGCCAGUCCGUCACCGACACAAUGAGCACCUACAGCUUCAGGUCCUGCACUCAGGACUUUGAGGAGGACGUACCCGAGAGUUCUGGAGGUCUCGCGAGGGCGCCGUCGUCCACGGCCCUGUCCGAGCUUCUGGAGGGUCUGAGGAAGAAGAGGGCCGGUGCCGGGUGGGACAGAGGUUCUGAGGUGGGCGAGGGGAGCGCUCUGUCUUUACCCAUUUACCAAACGACAGGAGCCUCCACUCUGCGCCGCCGAGCUUCAGCACUGUCUCUAGGACCUGAGGAUCUGGGUCUGGAGGAACCGGUCCGGCCCGGAAUCCUCAAACCGCCCAGUCCUCUCCUGCCUCGAGCCUCCAGCCUACGAUCUUUAUCCGAAUCCACGACAGCCGCCCCUACUGUCACCACCUCGUCCUCCACCUCCACCUCCACAGGGAAGAUAAACCGCUUCAGCUCCUGCGACUCUCUCGCCUCCACAAGUUCCCGCCGCCAUCUCUCCAAACUCUCCAUCCCUGAGGAAGGUGAAGACGAGUUCUGCAUGAAGACCGGUGUAGGACCAGGCACCGUAGGACCAGGCACUGGCAUAGGACCCGGCACCUUAGGCUCCUACCAGCCCAUCCGCCGCCGGCUGCUCGGGGGUCUCGUAUCUGAAGGAGGGGAAGCUCAGCUCGGGACAGAGCCUCUCGUAUUCCAGAACCGUCUUCUUCUUCCUCAUCCAGACACAAAGAAAGACACAGGAGACGCCAGCUCAGACAUUGUCCCCGCCAUCCGCAGAGCUCAGUCCACCAGCAGCUUAGCGGGCGGCAGUUCCAGAGGAGGCCAGCGGCGCGCCCUCAGCGUGCACUUCGGAGAGCUGCCCCCCUCCAGAGCGUCGCGCCGGGACUCCGACUCCGACUCCUCGGGCUCGGGAAGCUCUCAGAAGAGACGUGGUCCUCAGGGAGAGAGGCUGGAGGCUGAAGGCAGCGAGGGAGACGUUAACUCAGUGAUGAGGAAGUACCUCAGGAAGGCAGAGGUCGACUGAACGUGUGGAGUUAGGAGAUCAUGGAGUUUGGUUCUUACCCAGAAUGCACUGAGAGGGGAUGCUGCUGCAGGUUGAUUUUUGAACACUGUUUGUACACAAGAAUAAAAUGUUUUAAUGGAA